AUGGCCACCCUUAGCUCUCUUCCUGUCGUUCUAUCUCUAUCUCUGAUUCUCUUCUCGGCCAUUCCUGAAACAAUAAUGGUGGAUGCAUGCCAUCCCUUUCCUCAGUUGCCUGAGAAAACAUGGUGUGUGGCCAAUCCUUCAGCCAAAGAAGUAGACCUACAGAACAAUAUCGAUUUCGCCUGCUCGAAAAUUGACUGCAGUUUGAUUCAAUAUGAUGGUCUUUGCUUCUUCCCAGACACAAACAUUUCUCAUGCUUCUGUUGCCAUGAACCUUUACUACCAGUCCAAUGGAAGAAAUUCAUGGAACUGUUAUUUUGGAGGAUCGGGCUUACUCGUCACCACCGACCCAAGUUAUGGUACAUGCAAGUAUGAAUUCUUUUAG